UCAGAGUUGUCAUACCACAACAAGAUUGUUAUAGAUGGAGUCUGUGCCAUCAGAUGCAAAUGAUGUCACGAACUGGGAGAAACUGCCUGAUAUUCCCGAGACCGAAGCUGCAGUGCUGGAGACCCCUUCCGCAACUGGUUGGGAAGCACGGAUUAAUAAUAGGAAACCUCGCAUUAUUCUGGCAGCUAGUGGGAGUGUAGCUGCAAUCAAAUUUGGCAUCCUUGCAGACAGCUUAUCAGAUUGGGCCGAAGUAAGAGCAGUAGCAACGAAACCUUCUUUGCAUUUCGUUGACAAGAAAGGCUUGCCAGCAACCGUGAAGUUGUAUACAGACGAAGACGAGUGGUCUAGCUGGAGCCGUAUUGGGGACAACGUGCUUCACAUAGAGUUACGGAAGUGGGCUGAUGCCAUGCUCAUUGCCCCUCUCUCUGCAAACACUCUUGCAAAGGUUGCAGGGGGCUUAUGUGACAAUCUCCUGACAUGCAUUGUGCGUGCUUGGGAUUUCUCGAAGCCUAUGUUCGUUGCUCCUGCAAUGAACACAUUCAUGUGGACGAGUCCUUUUACUGUGCGUCACUUAACAGCACUCGAGGAUCUGGGCGUAGUGGUUAUUCCACCAAUUUCUAAGAAGCUGGCAUGUGGGGACACGGGGAACGGUGCCAUGGCGGAACCUGCAACUAUCGAUGCCGCGAUGAGAUUGUCAGCUUUAAUCACUGACCCCGUUCUCCAGUCCCUUCCUGCACCACCUCGCGGCAUCUGAGUGUUUGUCAGGGUGUAGUUCUAUUUCUUCUCUCGCAGAUUCCCCACUACUCUCUUUUUUGCAUAUUUCAUGCGUCAAUUUCCAUCAACUUUCAGGUUUUGGCACCAAAAUUGUGAACCUUGACUUCGGUAUCCAUUGCAGUCGUGGUAAAUUUCGAUUUCAGUAGCCAUAUUGCACGUGUGAAACAUGGGUCGAGGCUGAAUGUCUCCUCGCAACUGUUUAACGAAAAUGUUUGAUAAGAUGUUGACAACAAGUGUAGAAUGCCUACAGAUUUAUCUUC